AUGUCAUCAAUAGAUCAAAUGAUGACCGAAGAGGAAGUGGUGGCCAAUAUGUUCUCACUAUUUCAGGGAGCGUUUGACGGACACUCACUAUCCAUGACAUUCAUUAUCUAUGAGUUGGCCGUAAAUCCUGAUUGUCAGCAACGAGUCUACGAUGAAAUUGUUACCUGUUUUCAGGAUAACAACAGCUCUACCAACCAAACAAUUGGCCAUCAGUUUGAUUGGGAAACACUUAGCAAACUUGACUAUUUGAAUGCCUGUAUAUCGGAAGCGCUGAGACUACACGCGGCUGUCAAUAGAGACGGACGGAUAGCCAAACAAGACUAUACAGAUGAGACAACCGGUGUUACCAUCAAAAAGGAUCAGGUAAUCCAGUUUUCACGUUCAGCAGUACAGCGCUGUCCCGAUUACUACCGAAUGCCCGACCAGUUCAUACCCGACCGGUUUCUCAAACACAAUAAACACCUAUUGGUUGAUUCAGCGUAUCUGCCGUUUGGUUUGGGCCGUCGUAUGUGUCCCGGCUAUAAGUUUGCCCUAAUGGCCAUCAAAUUGACCAUGGCACAUUUGCUGAUUAGAUACAAAUUUGUAGCAAUCGAUGGCCAAACUGUACUGAAAACCGAUCCGAUUGUCGAACACUAUACCUAUUGUCCGGAAAAGUUGUAUUUGAAAAUUGAAAAACGAUUAAUAUUUAAUUAA